AUGAAGACUAUGAUUCUACUGUUUUAUCUUCUGGGAUCAACUCAGUCAUUACCAAUGCAGCUCAACCCUGCUCUGGGACUUCCUCCAGCUCAGCUGGUUCCAGACCAGACGACCCUAUCAAAGCACCAGCAGCCAAAUCAGGUCUUCCCUUCUUUAAGUCUAAUACCACUGACACAGAUGCUCACACUGGGGUCAGAUCUGCAACUGCUAAAUCUUCCUGCAGGAUUGGCACCUGCUGCCCAGACCCUCCCACUGGCCCUGGGGGGACUGAACGUACAACAGCAGCUGCAACCGCAGAUGUUACCACUUAUUGUAGCACAACUUGGAGCCCAGGGUACUAUCCUAAGCUCAGAGGAAUUGCCGGUGGCCCCUCACAUCUUCACAGGCCUCAUCUUCCAGCCCUUGUUCCCCGGGGCCAUCCUGCCCACCAGCCAGGCUAAUCCAGAUGUCCAGGGCAGAAUCCUUCCUGCAGGACAAGCAGGAGUAAACCCUGCCAUCCAAGGGACCCCGGAGAGCCCCUUCCUGACCCCCAGCCUCACAGACGAUGACUUGGAAGUUACCACCCCUGCCGGCAUCCAAAGGGGCAUGAGCCUUACUGAGGAAACCACCACAGGGUCCCCAAAUGAAAAAGAUGAGUCACAAACACUAGUAGUGUCUAGCCAAACGUUACCCACUGAAGGAGCACUUUGCAGUGAAACUUCAAAAUUUGAGACCAUCUGUAAGGCCAUCUAUAAUGUGAGAAAAAUGCAGGAGCUGGUAGCUCAGAAACUCCACGUACUCCAGGCCCAGUGGCAAGUCCAGCCCUAUCAUGAGCUAGAUGUGUCAGAACAGCUUAGUCUUUUACCACCUAACAUCUGUGUUCAAAAAGAAUUAUCUGAUUAUGAUUUAGCUUUUGAUGCAGGUCUUUCUAUGGGGAGAUACUAG